UCUCUGGCUCUGCCCCGCCCCAGCUGCCUCUUCCCCUCGCCCUUCUGCUCCAGCGCUGGAGCCCCUGGCCCUGCCUGGCUGGGGGCUGCCACUGCUUCUCCUGGGCUGGGCAGCGUCCGGUCUGCUGCUGCGGCCGCCUGUCAGAGCUGGAGAUUUGUGCUGGCACACCAGAAGACAUUUUAUUAAGCAAGCUUAAAAAUCCCAGUAGUGUCCUGCAGCCACUGAAGGCAAGAUCUGUUUUCUUAAAAAUAACUGGGAUUUUACACUGUUGGCUUGCUUCACACACCAGAUACAAACAGAGCAAUGUCCUACGUUUUUGUAAAUGAUUCUUCCCAGACCAAUGUGCCCCUGCUGCAGGCUUGUAUUGAUGGAGACUUUAACUAUUCCAAGCGGCUGUUAGAAAGUGGCUUUGACCCAAAUAUUCGUGAUAGUCGUGGCCGAACUGGGCUCCACCUUGCAGCAGCCAGAGGAAAUGUAGACAUCUGUCAGCUGUUGCACAAAUUUGGUGCUGACCUCUUGGCCACUGAUUAUCAGGGUAACACAGCCCUUCAUCUGUGUGGACAUGUGGACACCAUUCAAUUCCUAGUUUCUAAUGGACUCAAAAUUGACAUUUGCAACCAUCAAGGUGCAACACCACUUGUUCUGGCAAAACGAAGAGGCGUAAAUAAAGAUGUCAUUCGAUUGCUGGAGUCUUUGGAGGAGCAAGAAGUGAAAGGUUUUAACAGAGGCACUCACUCUAAACUGGAAACUAUGCAGACUGCUGAAAGUGAAAGCGCAAUGGAAAGCCACUCCCUCCUUAAUCCAAACCUGCAGCAAGGUGAAGGGGUUCUUUCCAGCUUCCGCACAACAUGGCAAGAGUUUGUGGAGGACCUGGGCUUCUGGAGAGUGCUGCUCCUCAUCUUUGUUAUUGCCCUUCUGUCUCUUGGAAUUGCAUACUACGUUAGUGGGGUACUUCCUUUUGUAGAAAAUCAGCCUGAACUGGUGCACUAAAACCACUGUAAAAGAUGCAGUGUGUUUUUUUUUUUCUCUGAGGUCUUAUCUUUCUUGUGAGCCUCUUAUAAUUCUCUUCUCAGUGCAAGCAGUGGCAGCUGUAUAUACUGUUUGCCUUUUCUGUGUACUAUUAACCCUUUUGGAAGAAUGAAUUCAUUUAAGCUAACACCACAAAAAUGCUAAAACAUUCCCAAGCUAUGUCUUAACAUGUUUUUGUCUUGUAAGCAAGAAGUCAAUAGUAAUCUCUGUAGUGAUUAUAAAAGGCCCUUCAUAAAUGAAAAGCAAAUCUCUGAGUCUGAAAAAUACAGGACCGUAUCAUCUUAAUUUAAUUUUUUUUAAUCUGUUGAACUUUUCCUGUUUUUUUUACAGUUAAAACUAAAAAUAUUGUUAAAAAAGUCUACCCACAUUAAAUUGAACUAAUACAUAAUCAUAAUCACUAAUAUAUAAUCUGACAUAUAUGUAGCACUAUACAAUAGGUGCAUGGUUUCCUAACACACUCAGCAUUUUCAUGUCUCUUUUUAUGAACAACGUAUACAUUCUAUUUCAAAGACAUGAGAAACAUUUCAAAUUACAAAAUCUCUCUCAACAUUCUUUGACAUACUUGGAUCCCUUUUAUGAUAAUGUCUUUUCCAGAUUAGUUUGGGAGUUGUUAGUAUCUACUUGGAAAUAAAUCAUGUAAAGUGAAACUAUUCAUAGUGCUUUUGGAAGAAAAUCUCUUAUCACUAGACUUUAAAAAAUGCACCUUUUCAUUUGAAAUAUCUAUAAGGAAGCAUUUUCUUUGUAAAAAUAGAUGAAAAGUGAUCUAAACAUGUUCUUCAUAUGGACUUCUGUAGUGUUAUCUUUGUGAAACAUGGCUUUAUGCCAGGUAGUGUGGUAUUCACCAAAAUGAAUAUGUUUAUUUCAUUUGCAGUAUUGUGGGAGGGCUUGAUUGGUACUUUUUUUUUUUUUACUGUCAGAUGUUUUCAGGAGGUACUUAAUACCUGGUGGAGAAUUUUCAGCAUUAUGUGUUGCAGUAUAUGCAUUAAAAACCUCCAUGUGCUUUGCUCCAGCAGUGAAGACUUUUUGUGUUAAUGACCAAAAUAUGUAAAUCUGAUUAUUUAAUACUCUUUUACGGAAACAAAGUCAAUGUUAUUCAUUAAAACUGAAACUUUUUAAAGACUA